AUGUCGGACGAAGACAACGAUGUCCACGGAAUGAUGCGUCGGCAGAUGCAGGACAUGGAAAACAUAAUGGACAGAAUGAUGAUGGAUCCGUUUGCCGACAUGUUUCCGGGCACGCAUCGCCUUAGACCACGACAACAGAUGAUAGAAGACGACUACGGAAGAGUAGUGCCCAACCGAAUGCCACAGCACAAUCAGCUUAUGCCUCGUUCAGCUAUGGACGAUUUCAUGAUGCCGUUCGGCGGCGGUUUGUUUGGAGGCAUCAGUUCGAUGAUGCAGCAAAUGGAAGGUCUUCGUGAAAACGCGUUGCAGAACCCAAAUGCACAUGUCUACAGCCACAGCAGCGUCGUCAGCUUUCAGCAGGGUCCCGACGGCCGGCCGAAGUACUAUGAGAAAACCAAGAGUAUCCGAAAGGCUGGCGACAUCGCUGAGACUCGUGACUCAGUGAGAGACAGCGAAAGAGGCAUCGAAAAAAUGGCGAUCGGGCAUCACAUGGGUGGCAAAUCACACAUCAUCGAGAAAGAACGAGACGAAAGUGGACGCAUUAUUGAAAACCAGGAUUUUGUUGGCUUGAAUCAAAAUGAAGUUGAAGAAUUUGAUAAUGAAUUCGCUCUCAAGACCGGUCGAACUGCGCGAAAUAAUCGUAGCAUGUUAGAACAGGCGUCCAGGGCGCCUUUGUCGAUUGAAAACGGACCACGAAGAUAUCGUCAGAACGGUCCCAGCGACUCUGACGUAAGUGGGCAAGGUGGUGUUGUGAUUGAAGAGUUGCCUGAUAAUUAUGACGAAAAUCUUGUCCAUAAUAGUUCGCCUAAUCGCGAUCGUAAAGUAGGCGGUGCCAUGCAUAAGCAUGAAAACAGCAAUACGAACACCAAGGGCGAGAAAAAGACACUGCUCGGUCGAAUCCAGCGCUUCUUCUGUACCUGA